AGUAAGGGCGAAAUAGGCCCACUUCAUCAUGACUUCCCUAUCACGUACAACGCGGCGAACAUUCCGUUCCUUUGGUCGAUGGACGAUGAUGCUACGGCAGCGCCUUGGUACGGCUGAGAAUAUGGAUAAGGUCAAGGCGGUUGGAAGACGGACAUUUUACUCGUUUGUUAUCAUGGGCGGAUCGGAUGUAUGUGCUCAGUGGCUGACUACCGGGAAGAUAGAGGAGCCUGACUGGGAUAGAGCGUUCAUAUUUGCGGCAGCAGGCAGCGUUUGCAUGUUACCAUUGAACAGUCUGUGGGCAUUUGUACUGGAACCUCGACUCCCGGGUCGGAAAUGGUGGCUGACGAAGCUCGCUACCGAGAUGAUCACACUGACUCCAUUAUACUUCGCAUCUCUCAUUGGCUUCAACGCAUGGGGGCGAUAUCCUAACGCUGACUAUACGCUGGUCCGGAUAAUGGAGGAUUGGCCUCUUCUAUACCGUGAUUCGCUUAUCGUGAUACCACUCUGCCAGACGUUCAACUAUUUGAUAAUAGCACCUCACAUGCGCAAUUUCUUCCAUGGAUGUUGUUCGUUUUUAUGGAAUAUUUAUGUAUCAUGGUAUGUAAGCUUGCCGCAUGACCAGAGAGAAGCGAACAUCAUCGCAGAGAGAAAGGCUCGUAAGCGCGGCGACGAUAGUCCAUAUCAUAUCUACAACCUCCCGCCGGAACCUCGUCGGCUCAUAACGGAUGGUCGUCGAACGGAGAUCAGUCAUAGAGAGUCUCUCAGCUGGAAUGCUAAGUGGUGACG